UUUCCUUUCCUAUCGUCAUGAUGAUUCCUAUGCGAAAAAGGACGAGUUUUUAUUUCUUCUUUGGGAGUUGCUAUUAAAUUACCCUAAUUUUUUCAGAUGCUUGAAUUUGGCACAAUCCGUCGUCACUCUCUCUCUACAGUAAUCCUGGGGACUCUCUGCGGCAAAUGGGCGCUCCUAAACUGAAGUGGACAUCAGAAGAAGAAGCCGCGCUGAAAGCUGGUGUAGCCAAGCAUGGUCCAGGCAAGUGGAGCGCAAUUCUGAAAGACCCAGAAUUCCGCAGUAUCUUGCAUUCGCGAUCAAACGUCGAUCUCAAGGAUAAGUGGAGGAAUGUGAAUGUGGCGGCAAAUGGAUGGGGUUCUCGGACUAGAACUAGGGUUUCAUCGAAAAGCCAUCGGCCGGUAGUGAAGCGUGAUGAUGAGAAGGUUCUUAGCACUGUGGUUGAGAGUGAUGCGGAAGUUGUUGAUGAUAAGCCUCUCGAUGUUUUGAGUGGAAUACAAGAAAAUGGUUGUGCCAAGAAACCAAUUUCAAGUUUGGAUACUCUCAUAUUGGAGGCCAUAACGAAACUGAAGGAACCUCGUGGGUCUAGCCGGGCUACAAUUGCCUUGUACAUACAGGAACACUACUUGGCACCAGAAAAUUUGGAAAGGCUGUUGGCGGUCUCCUUAAAGCUUUCGACAGAAAAUGGGAAGUUAAUAAAGAUAAAGCACCAGUACAGGAUUGCGCCACCCUCAACACUAUCCAAUGCGAAGAAAGAUUCUCCUCUGUUAUUCUUGGAGGGGAAGCACAAAAGUUCUUCAAAAGUGGAGAAGGAUGGAGUCCAAAUUCUUACCAAAUCCCAGAUUGAUGCAGAGCUAGAAAAGAUGAAGGGCAUGACUGCACAGGAGGCUGCUGCCGCUGCUGCGCAAGCAGUUGCUGAGGCAGAAGCUGCCAUCGCAGAGGCUGAAGAGGCGGCAAGGGAGGCGGAGAAAGCAGAAGCUGAUGCAGAAGCAGCACAACUCUUUGCUGAAGCAGCGAUUAAGGCAUUGGAAUCUUGUAGAACAGUUUGUAUCUGAUUAUUGGCAAGUGGGGAUAAUCAUCCGCAAGGCUAAAUUCUGAGUUUGUACAAAAAUUAAUUUGCCUAAAAAUUGAUGUAUGCCUAGAUGGAGGCUUGCAAAGUUCUCAUCUCCAAGAGCAAAUAUUCCGACAGCAAGCUUUCCUGGCAUUCAUGUUGCUGUAUUCCAACCCUCAACAGCAACAUUCUGCUAAAACAUUCAUUCAGCGAAAAUAUCCAAACUGUGCCUAGAAGCAUAUAUUUCUUUGUAGAGUAAAGAUGGAUAGGCUUGUAAAUCAAAGAGAAUAUUAUAGCUGAAGAUUUGUAUAGAGAAUUUUCCAUUUGCUGUGGUGCUUAUUGUUUUUUAUGAUUCACCUGCCAUUUUUA